CAAGCCCACCCACUUCCACGACUUCUCUGUGUUCUGUUCUGAGUGGAGUUUCAGCUGGGCUCGGCUAACCAAACCCAAAUUUAGGUUCUGGUAUCGCUGGCUGGGACUCGAGUCUGACGUCCACACGCUCGACGGGCGGCAAGGGAGGCACGGUCGGUGUUUGUGUGUGUGGUUCUCUCAGAUCGGCUCAGGCGGCAAACCGGACAACAUGUUCCAGUUAAAGAAGAUUGCCACGGCGCCCCAAAAGAUCGAUUUGAGAGCAGUGUUGAAGGUUAUCCCGGCCGCCGUUCAGUCUCAACCUGCAAGAGGGUAUGCCCACGAAAUCCCAGCGAAACUUAAAGAUGUGCCGACUGCGGAAAACCCUCGCUUUUUCGACAUGGUGGAGUACUUCUUCCACCGUGCGUGCCAGAUCGCCGAAGACAAGCUGGUCGAAGACAUGAAGGGGAAGAUGUCAAUUGAGGAUAAGAGGAAGAAAGUGAGGGGUAUCUUGAUGGGGAUGCAACCCUGCGACCACAUCAUUGAAAUCGCGUUCCCUGUUCGCCGUGACACUGGCGACUAUGAAAUGAUCACCGGUUACCGAGCUCAGCACUCAACCCACAGAACUCCCUGCAAGGGUGGUAUCCGUUUCUCUGAGGAGGUGUCUCGUGAUGAAGUCAAGGCCUUGUCUGCCUUGAUGACCUUCAAGUGUGCCUGUGUGGACGUGCCAUUCGGUGGAGCCAAGGCCGGAGUGAAAAUUAAUCCCAAGGACUACUCUGAACACGAAUUGGAGAAGAUCACUAGACGUUUCACCCUUGAACUGGCCAAGAAAGGUUUUAUUGGGCCUGGUGUGGAUGUCCCUGCACCAGACAUGGGAACCGGGGAGAGAGAAAUGUCCUGGAUUGCGGACACCUAUGCAAAAACUAUUGGCCACUUGGACAUCAAUGCCCAUGCCUGUGUUACUGGUAAGCCAAUUAAUCAGGGAGGCAUUCAUGGCCGUAUCUCAGCAACUGGUCGUGGAGUAUUUCACGGACUAGAAAACUUUAUCAUGGAGGCAAACUACAUGAGUAUGAUUGGUACUACUCCUGGAUGGGGUGGUAAGACUUUCAUUGUCCAGGGUUUCGGUAAUGUGGGCUUGCACACAAUGAGGUACCUUCACCGCGCUGGGGCAACUUGUAUAGGUGUUAUUGAACGUGAUGGAACUAUUUACAAUCCAGAGGGCAUUGAUCCUAAGCAACUUGAAGAGUACCGUAUUGACACAGGAUCCAUUGUAGGCUUCCCUGGUGCUCAACCUUACGAAGGAGAAAAUUUGAUGUAUGAGCCAUGUGAUAUUUUUGUACCAGCAGCUUUGGAAAAAGUGAUUACUAGCAAAAAUGCCCACAAAAUUCAGGCUAAGAUAAUUGCCGAAGCUGCUAAUGGUCCAACAACACCUGCUGCUGAUAAAAUUCUCCUCGAUAGAAAUAUCUUGGUUAUCCCAGACUUGUACAUCAAUGCUGGUGGUGUCACAGUUUCAUUCUUUGAGUGGCUCAAAAAUUUGAACCAUGUGUCUUAUGGCCGUCUUACAUUUAAGUAUGAAAGAGAAUCUAACUAUCAUUUGUUGGAGUCAGUCCAAGAGUCUCUUGAAAGGCGUUUUGGGCGUGUUGGUGGACGUAUUCCAGUCACUCCAUCAGAAUCAUUCCAAAAGAGAAUCUCCGGAGCAUCUGAGAAAGACAUUGUGCACUCUGGUCUGGACUACACCAUGGAGCGAUCAGCUAGGGCUAUCAUGAAGACUGCCAUGAAGUACAACUUGGGUUUGGACCUCAGAACAGCAGCAUAUGUGAAUUCAAUUGAGAAAAUCUACACUACAUACAAGGAAGCAGGAUUGGCGUUCUGAGCAAUCCAAGUUUAACUAAGGAAGCUCUGCAUUGGAUUUACAUGUGAAAAAGAUAUCAGUAAAAACUGUGUACUUAAAUGAAUUAUGUGUGGAGUGAAUGAAAGCCUUAUCAGUAUCAUUCUGCUGUAUGUUGGGAAAUUUUUAUACUAAGUUUUAACUACUGGUUUUUGUAUUGAUUUUGUAGAGUGCUAAAAGGUUAAGUUCACUCCCUGAUAUCUUGGCUACUGUGUUUCUGUUGUUUAGAAUUUGUGGCUAAUCACUGUUUGUAGCAGUAUACUGUAUCCUUGUAGAUUUCUAGAUGCAAUGCUGCUUAAGAAAUUGACCUGAAAUCUCUCAUUUUAAAUCAAUUUUAAUUCUGUGUCAGUUUGUGUCUUUGAAACACAUUUGAACGACUUUUUUUUUAAUCUAUCUUUUUUUGACGCUGGAUUUUGGACAUUUUUUUGUGUUGGGAGUACUUGGAAUCUUGCAUUGUUGUAUGAAUGAAGGGAAGAUAAACUUUUUGUUAUGGCAUCAAAGCGCUUAUCUUUUAUGAAUUGUGAUUUUUAUUGUAAUAUGACAUACUAUGUGAAUCUACCCGGUUUUGUCUUUAGAAAUCUCUUCUGGUUAUUGCAUUUAAUCUUCAUGCACACUACCUUGAUUUUUGUUCAAGCUUUUCUGUGUAAAGGAGAACAUGAAUUUUGCACACUGAGCCUUUCCAUUGUAUAUUUUUCACGUUCUCCCGCUUUAAACAUAAUUUACCUGAAAAUGUAAAUCAAAGUUGUGAUCACCUCAGCAAUAAAGAUUAUGUCCUGAAAUUAAUGAA